AAAGCCGUUGGCCCUGACAGGGCAGCUUCAGAGUGGCUGUUGCGGUGCGGUGCGUUGGUGCGCUAUCAGGGCUACCAGAAGUGGCAGCAGGACUACAACGGCCUCCCAACGGGGCCCCUGGGGAAAUACAAGAUAGAAGCAAUUAAUGCCACCGAGUCUUGCAUCAUGUACAGAGGAUUUGACUAUUUGGAUGGCCUUGAACAUGUUACAGAAAUCAAGCUGCAGAAGUGUAUGUACAUACAGGAUGAGUGUCUGCAGAGGCUCAGUGAGACGAAGAAUCUCCAGAAGAGUCUUCUCCAGCUGAAGAUAAUUUCCUGCGGGAAUGUCACAGACAAAGGCAUCAUUGCACUUCACAAGCUGACGAACCUUGAGUAUUUGUAUCUGAGUGACCUCCCUGGAAUAAGACAGAAAGAAACUACUGUUCAUGUCCUUCAGCAGGCACUGCCGAACCUGGAGCUGGAGCUGGAUUUGGAAUAAACACAGUUGCACAUAAUGGAGAUGUAUUGGAUUUCACACUAUUUAUCAUAUAUUGCAUAAAUUAAAUUGUAGACACUGCUGUGUUUCUAGGUAUGGAAAUAAGCCCGGAUCUUCCAGUCCAGCUUUAAAAGCUGUAAGCAAUCUUUUAUGCAAUUAAGUUUUGUUAAACUU